AUGUUUGCCCGCUCACGCAGGUUCACCACGCCGGAGAAGACCGAGCUCGGCCCCGGAUGCUACGACCCCAAGCUGCCGGACCGCAAGCUGGGCAACCCGCUGGUGGUCCGGACCGAGCGCCGCAUCCACGAUGCUGACCUCGACUCGUCGUCGACCUCAGCCAGCUCUGUCGGCUCGGCGGGCUCGGCUGCCAGCGCCAAAAUUUCAAACUCGCGCGACGGCGCCCAGCCCAUUCCGCGCUGGCUGCGCGCCAAGCGGACCGAGCUGGUCGGCCCCGAGACACCGCCCAAGGUUGCGUCCAAGCGCAAGCAAGACCUUGUCACCGCCAAGAUGACCUCAAAGGGCCUCGUCCGCAAGGUCCUUCUCGAUCUCGAGGCCCGCAUUGCCGCAAAGGACCAGAAGCUCCUCGCCCUCGUCGCCCACCACCGCGAGUCGGCGAGCCUUGCCGACGACGCCGAUCGCGCACGUGCUGAACUUGCCGCUGCCCGCGCACAGCUGGACACCGCCCGCGCUGAUGUUGCUGCAGCAGGCGAUGCCGCCAUCAGCCUUCGCGCCCAGCUCGCCGCCACCGUCGGCGCUCACGCUGCGUGUCAGGCCCGCCUCGAUGCGCUCGACGCAGACUACUCAGCCGCCUGCGACGCCGCCGCCGCAAAGCUAGCCGCCACCGCCGCAAAGCUGGCCAACCACUGUGCCGAUGCAAAAGUCACUGCAGGGCUUGCCGCCUGCUCAGCUGCUGCGCUCCGCGAUCUCCGCGCCGAGCACGCCGCUGCUCUAGCCGCCCACGAGAACGAGACCCGUGCCGCCACCGCCGCACUCAUUGCUUCGUACUCAGCUGCACUCCGCGAGGCUCGCGCCGCUCACCAGUUGGAGAUCGAGGAGCUGCAGCUGCGCGCUGCCGGCAAUGCAGCACGCGAAGCCGCAGCCAAUGGCGCGUCCGCUGCGGCCGACGCCGCCGUCCGCGAAGCCGCCCUCGUCGCCGAGGUUGCUCACCUCAGUCUCAAAUCGCGCGCCGCGAACACCCUUGCAGCCGCUGUCACUGCUGCUGUGGCCUCGACCGCCGCUCGUGAGCGCUGCGAUGCCGUGCCCAACAUCGUGGACCCUGCCACCGCCGCCGCACACCAUGCCGCCGCUGUCGACGCGCACACCGCCUCGCUCCGCCACUCGGAAGCCUCAGCCCUAGCCAGUCUCCAAGCCGACCACGCCGAGGAGCUUGCUCGCCUUUCUGCAGCAGCAGACGCCCGCGUCUCGGCCGCACGUCGCGAGGCGGCGGCCGUCUAUGCUUCCGAGCGCGAGGCCGAUGCCAAAGCAGCCGCCGACGAGCUCGCCCGCCUUCGCGCCGCCCACGCUGCCGAGUUGACCGCCGUCCGCCGCGAGGCCGCCGAGUCGGUGGCGGCUGCCAACGAGCGCCUCGCUCACAUGCACACCACCGUUGACCGACUCACCACCAAGCUGAGCGGGCUCUCUUCCAAGGUCUCGAUCCAUGCAGCACAGGUCUUUGAGAACUCGCCGUACAAACCGCUUGCCUCACCAAAGUCAGAGGCCCUCCGCAAAGCGCACCGCGCCAACCUCGACCGGCUCCACGCCUCGGCCGCCACCAUGUACGACAUUACCAGCACUUCGCUUGCCCCGCUGUCCUCGCCGUCGCGGCAUCCUUCGAUGGACGCAUACUCGCAGGCAGUCGAGGCGUCGACCCGCCAGCUCGGCGCUGUGCUCGAUGGUGCCCUUUUGCUCGGCGCCAAGAAGGUCGCGCUUCUCCGAAGCGACCGCGCCACUAUUGCCUCUGCCGCUGCUGCCGCAACCGCGCGUAUCGAUGAGCUCGCCACGGCCGCCGAGGCUACCGAGGCACAGGUUGCCCUCGUCGAAGCCGAUGCCGCCGCCCUCGCCGCCUCGCUCAACGAGACACUCGCGGCUCUCGCUGCCAAGACCGCCGAAGCUGACGCAGCAUCAGAUGAGCUUGUCUCGCUUCGCGACUCAUUUGGCAACGAAACCGCUGCUGUCCUCGUCCAGCUCGACGCCGCCCGCGCCGCACUUGGCAAUCUCGAGAGCCAGCACGCAAGCGCCAUGGCCGGCGCAGCAGACAAGCUUGACGCUGCAAAAGCAACUCUCGCCGACUCUAACGCACUCAUGGCCGAACUCGAUGUCGCCGUCACCGAGCUCACGGCCGAGGUCGAGACCUCGCAUGCCCGCGAAGCUCAGCUCGCUGAUCACACUGCAGCUGUCGAGGCCGCUCUGACUGCUGCCGAGGGCGCGUCUGAGACCGCUGCGGCCGAGCUUGCUGUUGUCCGCAACGAGCUGGAUGAGGUUGUGGCGGCGGUGUCGGCCGCCAAGGCCGCCACCGCCGCAGCUGUAGCUUCGGCACUUGACGCACUUGCCGAGCUCGACCUUCUCACGCCUGAGGCUACCGCCAGCCUUGCGGAUGCGCAAAAGGUCGGAAUCGGCGCGACCGUCGAGGUGCUUGCUGCUGUCUUGGUCAACGCCGUCAACGUCUCGCAGUUUGAGCUGGGCGUGGCGGCAGACGCUGCCGAGAAGACUGUCCUGGCAGCGCAGGCCAGCGUUGCCGCUGCCCGAGCCGAUGCUGCGGCUUCCGCCAAACAGGCCACAAGCUUGGAGGACGCACUCACAAAGAUGCGGUCCAACCUCAACACGCUCGUCCGCAACGCCGCCAUCACCCAGCGCCGCAAGGACGAGGAGGAGCUGGAGGAUCUUUCAGCAGUGGCGGACGCGCUGCAAGAAAACCUCAACGCGGUUGUCGCUGAGUCGGCGGCGAUCAAAGCCGAUCUUGUUUGCAAGCUCACCGAGGUGCGGGGCAAGCUCGAGACAAAGUCCACCCAGGUGGCUGCUCUGGAGGUCAAGCUCAGCUCGGCCAGCUCGCGCUAUGCGGGUGACAAGUCGCGGCUUGAAUCCCGACUUACGGCAGCGCUCGAUGCUGCAGACUCGCUGCAGGUCGAGAACAGAGAGCUGCGGAUUCAGGUCUCGCGGCUUGGCGGCGCGUCACAGAUGGAUCUCGAGGAGCUGCGUGCCCAAAACGAGGUGCUGGAAAACCAAGCCAAGGAGCUCGCUGAAGCCAACGCUCAGCUUGGCGGCCACUCUAACCGCAAGCAAAAAAUCCGCCAUCUCGCCAAGGUCGUGGCCGAGAACCGCAAACUCAAAACCGACAAUGUUCGUCUCCGUGCUACCGUCGAGAAGUACCGCCUCAAGGCUGCCGAGCUCCGGUCCUCGCUCUCAUCGGCUUCGCUCCGGCGCUCGUCGCGCCGCUCCAUUGCCGCCUCGCAGAGUAAGCAAGCAACCACCUCGCAGCGAACCUCGUCGUCGUCAACCGUUUAUCUCUCGGCCAAGCCCGGUGGCAUGGCGCUUGACGAUCUCGACGGCGGCUCACCCAUCAAGAUCCACACCAACGCCGAGGGCAUGGCCGCUACAGACGUCGCGAGCAAGGAGAAUAGCGUUUCGGUCAACGACUCGCUCAACGCCUCGCUCAACGCCUCGCUCAACGCCUCGCUCAACGCCUCGCUCAACGCCUCGCUCAACGCCUCGCUUGUCCGCUGAGCGAGAGAUUGAAAUCACACAUGUACCCG